CUUUUGUGCAGGUGUUUUCCAAUGCAUCUCUAGAUGAAUUAUUGCACUUAAGAAAAGGCUUAUACAUAGCUAUCUAUGAAUUGGAAGGCUUCACAACGGAAACAAAUAUCCCUGACUUAUUGUGUGGUGAUGGAGCAGCGAUACCUCACAAUAACAGCCCACCACUUCCAGACAUUCUGUCAGAUCUCGAUACAAUGCCUUCAGCAGCUAUGCCUGUUAAACCACCUGAAAAGCCGAACAGCAGCUUUUACACUUUUCAAUCUAUAAGAAACUCUUGUUGUAGUUCAACAAAGUUAAAAAAUAAUCAUUUUGAUGUUGGUUUAUCAAAUGUUGACAAUAUCCCUCUCUUUGUAAAUGCUGUUCUCCAGAUGCUUUUUCAUGCUCCACAUUUUGUGGAGUAUCUUUUAGAGGAUACUGAGCACAGGCAUACUUGUAAAUUAUUCCUGCACUGUUUAACAUGUGGUUUUUUCCGGCUGAUGUCCACUAUGAGAGAGGCUAAAAUUGGUCAUCCAACAUUGCACCUUCAUGAACUAUUCAUGGGAAAGUAUCAGGACUCUUUAGAUUUCCUGCAUGGAAUCCUCCAAACUCUUUCUGUGGAGCACAUACUCCGAAAAAAUCAUAAGAACAUUACUUUUGAUGUAAUUUGUCAGUCCCCAAUCAACCAUAUGUUUCAGGGUGUCAAAAGAUGUACAGUUUCCUGUCCGUGUGGAGUCAAAAUAAAAAGUGGAGACAUACCAUUUUACUUUGUUUCUGUGCCUGAUUUGACAGCUGUUGCAGAUGAGUUGUGGAAAGAAGAAACAAUCCCCUGUCCUAGCUGUGCUGUUCAGCAUUCUACUUGGAGGACCACCUCGGUGGAUAUGCCCCCAUACCUUCUAAUUUCCUGGAAAAAUAAUACCAAAGAAUCUGUAUUAUUGGGUAUCAGCAGUCUAACUGUCCACCAUCACAAGUAUGAGUUACUCUCCUGUAUUGCUGAAUCAGAUAGAAGUUCUCCUCAAAUAACAACUGUGUGCCCAGACGGUUCUCUUCGGGUGUUUGAGGAUACAAAGAUUCGCUUGACAUCAUAUGGAAAUUUUUUGAUUUCUUCUGAACUUAAACAAGCAGACUUAUUACUGUUGUAUAAGCAAAAUUCAAGUAACCCCGGCACAUUGGAUAAAAGCGUUUCAAGAAAGGGAAGACCCCCAGGGCCAACAAGGAAAAUUAUAAGUCUUCAAUCUGAGGAUACAUCUGAUAUUGAUAAUGAUUUAUUAGACACAAACGACAUUGAUGACUCUGAGGAUGACUCAAAGAAAAUGAAAUCGAAGAGUACCCAAACAGAUAAACCAAUAUUGGAAGAUGUAGGAGUCCAAGCAAAUUUUGUCACAUAUGACAGGUGCUCAUUACGUAAAGACUUUGAGUUUUUCACUGGACUAUCAUCUGAGAAUUUUGAAGCAUUGUAUGCGUUGAUAGGAGGGGAAAAUAUUAUGUCCAGACUAAAGUAUGAGUACAAGCAAACUACUCCCACAAAAGUGAAGGACGAGGAGCAUCUAAAAGUUGGAUAUAAGGACCGCCUGCUGAUGUUUCUUUUACGCCUACGAAGAGGCUAUCCUCUUGUAGACCUAGGUGUUCUUUUUGGAAUUGGUAAAUCGCAUGCAGGAAAUAUCUGCUAUACAAUGACUAACUUACUCUACUUCACGCUAAAAAAUAUUGAAGCAGAUUGCUUUCCAUCUGCUGCGGAACAGAGGCUAAAUAAACCAAUGCAAAUGUGGCCCUUUAAACGACUCAGAAUAAUUUUGGAUGGUGUGGAAUUUCGAAUUGAGAGCCCCAGUAACUUUCAGAUGCAAGGUAACACAUAUUCCCAGUAUAAGUCUGAUAAUACUGUCAGAGUUAUCAUAGGAAUCUCCUGCUCUGGGGGGACUGUUUAUGUGAGCCCUGCUUGCGAAGGAGCUUUGACUGAAAAAGAAGCAGUUUUAACAAGUGGACUUUUGUCUCGUUUAAAUAAGAAAGAUCAAGUUAUGACAGACAGAGGAUUUGAAAUUACUUCAGAACUGCAAGCCAUUGGUGUGGAGCAUAUAAAGCCACCUAGCUUGGGAGAGCGCCCAUGCCUCACAGCAGAAGAAGAGGUGCUGACCAAAGCAAUAGCUAGUGUAAGAAUAUAUAGUGAGCACGCUAUUGCUGAUAUAAAAGACAAUCGUUUGCUGCGGGGCACUAUACCUCUAAAACUCUAUGCCUCUCUUCCUUAUUUGGUGUAUAUUGCUGCUUAUCUUAGAAACUUUUCCCCUCCAAGAAUAAUAACUAAAUGCUUCAAACAUUCGACAAACCCUGAAUCAUCAGAGCCACCUACUCCCAACUCUCCUUCACUUCAACAGUAAACCCUGCGAAGGAGGGAUUUGUUUCUCAAAAGUAAAUGAAAUUUUGUGAAAGCUAGCAAAGCUGAUUAAAAAAAUACAAUAGGAAAAAUAUUAUGAUAAUGAAUUGUUUUGUGCUGAUAUUAACUCCUGAUCAAAACCAUUAUUUGAAUUGUAAAAAUGUACUUUUU